AGAAACACAUCAUGGAGCUGAAAUAUGAUCCUGCUUCCUCAUUUGGACUCAUUCACCUCAGCUGACACAUUCAACAGCAGACAGGUUUUUGUAGCAGUCUGUCUCACUGUGAGAUACAUCUUUGGCUCUGGAACUAAACUGUAUGUAACAGAUGAGCAGGUAGUGAAGCCCGUGGUGAGCGUGUACCCAGCAGCAUCCAGAGCCCACCUGGAGGGGAACAGCUCCCUGCUGUGUGUGGCCUCAGCCAUGUUUCCUCCUCUGGUCCAGUUCUCCUGGAAAAGACAGAAGAAGAACGGCGGAGAACCGGAGGAGCUGCCCCCUGCUGAGGGAGGGCAGCUGGAGCUCAGAGAGUCGGGACGCACCAUUGCCAUCAGGAUGGUUGAUGGGAGUGAUUCUGACACAUAUAAAUACAGCUGCUGGGUGAAGCACGAGGGGGGCACAGUGGAGGCCCAAACACAACAAGAGGUUCCAGCUCCAGCAGCCUCCUGUCCUCCAGAGAGAGAGCCAGCAGACCUGCCAGCUCUGCAGCCAGCUGACUUGUCCUUCCAGUCUCAGUGCAGGGUGAAGCUGCUCUGCCUGCUGUACACAGUGCUGAUAGUGAAGAGUCUGGUGUACUGCUGUGGACUCUCUCUGCUGAUGAUCCUCACAAACAAGGGACCGUCCACCAACUGCACACAUGCUGACUGACUGUUUUCUGCUCGCCUUUUCUCACCAUCAAAUCUCAUCAAUUCAUCUCAUUCAUCACUUUGAUCAGUA